AUGAAUACGACAAUCGACUAUUCUUUGAUAAAUAUCAUAUUUGGCUAUUAUGCAUUGGCUCUCGUUAUUAUUGGCACUCUGCUUAAUUUGUUUACAUUUUUCAUACUUUGUCAUCCAACUUUUGGCAAUGCGAAAAGACGGCCGACACUUCAUUACAUGCGUGCGAUGGCUGUUUUUGAUAUUGCAAUGCUUUACGGAUGGAAUCUUGAUCAUUAUCUUCUACCUGUACAUGGUUUUAAACUUCACUGUUAUUCAGUUGCUUGGUGCAAGUUCACGGGAUUUCUUAACUAUUUCGCUGGCCAAGCAUCCGCUUGGUUGCGUGUAUUCGUAUGCCUAGACAGAUAUUUAGCAUUGAAUCAUCUUCAUCGGACUUGGUUCAGCGAUUCGAAAAAUGUUCUUAUCGUAAUCUCAACUAGUUUAGGUAUCAUAGCUUUGAUUAAUCUUCAUUUUUUUGUCUUUUCCUGCUUUAUAAACUCUGAUGGAGGAGUAAAUGUCAAUGCAAAAUUAUAUCAAAUUUAUCCGCUUUGGGAUUAUGUUCAUUUGGUUUUAUACAAUUGUAUACCGUUUAUUAUAAUGACAACUUUCAAUGGCUUUGUGAUUUAUCAGCUAAUUCAUUUACGUCAAACAACUUCUAUACACAGCUCAGCAAUUCGUCAUCGAGCCAUGUCAAUCACACUCGUUUUUACAACAUUUCUCUUUUGUGUGGCGACCAUACCAGUAACUGUUGUUUUUGCUUUCUAUGCUUAUCAAACACCCUACUUGCUUCAUCAAAUACUCGAUGCUAUUCUUUACACUUAUCACGUUUCAUGUUUUCCGAUCUAUUUUACAACAAUGAAUGACUUUCGUCGAGUCACUAUUAGUGUGGUGAAAUGCCAAUGUUUCUUUACUAGUGUUGUACCUUUAAGCGAUACUCGAAUGACAACGAAAAUUUAA